AUGGUGAACGUGAUGUCACAGGUAGUCAGGGUGGUGAAAGUGAUGUCACAGGUAGUCAAGGUGUUGAAAGUGAUGUCACAGUGUCACCACGCCGAGUCAUCACUGUACGAUCACCACGCCGAGUCAUCACUGGGCGAUCACCACGCCAAGUCAUCACUGGGCGAUCACCACGCUGGGUCAUCACUGGGCGAUCACCACACCGAGUCAUCACUGGGUGAUCACCACGCCGAGUCAUCACUGGGCGAUCACCACGCCGAGUCCUCACUGGGUGAUCACCAUGCAGAGUCAUCACUGGACAGUCACCACGCCGAGUCAUCACUGGGCGAUCACCAUGCCGAGUCAUCACUGUACGAUCACUACGCUGAGUCAUCACUGGCUGAUCACAAUGCCGAGUCAUCACUGGGUGAUCACAAUGCCGAGUCAUCACUGGGUGAUCACCACACCGAGUCAUCACUGGGUGAUCACCACGCUGAGUCAUCACUGGGCGAUCACCAUGCCGAGUCAUCACUGGGCGAUCACCACGCCGAGUCAUCAGCUGAGUCAUCGCUGGACGAUCACCACACCGAAUCAUCACUGGGCUAUCACCACGCCGAGUCAUCAUUGGGCGAUCACCACGCCGAGUCAUCACUGGGUGAUUACCACGCCGAGUCAUCACUGGGCGAUUACCACGCCGAGUCCUCACUGGACAGUCACCACGCCGAGUCAUCACUGGGCGAUCACCACGCUGAGUCAUCACUGGGUGAUUACCACGCCGAGUCAUCACUGGGCGAUCACCACGCUGAGUCAUCACUGGGCGAUCACCACGCCGUGUCAUCACUGAACAGUCACCACGCCGUGUCAUCACUGGGCGAUCACCAUGCCGAGUCAUCACUGAACAGUCACCACGCCGUGUCAUCACUGGGCGAUCACCAUGCCGAGUCAUCACUGAACAGUCACCACGCCGUGUCAUCACUGGGCGAUCACCAUGCCGAGUCAUCACUGAACAGUCACCACGCCGUGACAUCACUGGGCGAUCACCAUGCCGAGUCAUCGCUGGGCGAUCACCACGCCGAGUCCUUACUGGGUGAUGACCACGCCGAGUCAUCACUGUACGAUCACCACGCCGAGUCAUCACUGGACGAUCACCACCCCUAG